AUGACUGGUCCUGGCGUGAAGGACUAUGAAUGUUUGGAGGUUGAUGAUAUUGCUUCAAGUGAAGUGCAAAGGGUGGAUUUAGAUAACGAGUCAGUAGGAACCCCGCCCACCCAGCCAACACUAGACCUCCACUUCCGCUUCCGCCUGCGGAGGCCGCCAGGCGUUUUCCCGCCAACGCUCGGGUUUCCGCCUCUUGGGGCUCCGGGAGGCAGCGGGACAGCGCAUGUGCGGGGUCCGGUCCUGUUUCUAACUCGCCUGCGGCUCCGCGGACGCCGAGCUCUGGCGGUGAUGGAAACGAGCCUGCUGCGCCAGUGCCCGUUGCUUCUGCCUCAGAACCGAGAGAAAACCGUCUAUGAGGGAUUCAUUUCGGCUCAGGGAAGAGACUUCCACCUUAAAAUAUUGUUGCCUGAAGAUUUGCAAAUGAAGAAUGCAAGAUUACUGUGUAGUUGGCAGCUGAGAACAAUCCUAAAUGGAUACCAUCAAAUAAUACAACAGAGAAUGCAGCACUGUCCUGAUCUAGUGAGCUUUAUGAUGGAGUUGAAGAUGAUUUUGGAAGUUGCUUUAAAGAAUAAACAGGAGCUGCAUGCACCACCACCCCCUCCCCAGUUCUACUCGCGCCUUAUUCACGAGCUGGGAACCCUCGGCUGGGACAAAGUCGUGUAUAUGGAUACUGGCUUCAGCACCUUCAAGUUAAAAGCCCAAGAUGCUUCUGGUAGAGAGCAUCUGAUCACUCUCAAGUUGAAGGCGAAGUAUCCAGCAGAAUCCCCAGAUUGUGUUGUGGAUUUUCCUGUUCCGUUUCCCAUUUCUUGGACACCACAGAGCUCCUUAAAAAGCAUUCAUAGUCAGUUUUUGGCAGCGUUAGACUCACUGAAGGCAUUCUGGGAUGUUAUGGAUGAAAUUGAUGAGAAGACCUGGGUACUUGAGCCAGAAAAACCUACAAGGAGUGCAACAGCUCGAAGGAUUGCAUUAGGGACUAACACAUCAAUAAACAUAGAGGUGGACCCCCGACACCCCACUAUGCUUCCUGAGUGCUGCUUUCUGGGAGCUGACCACGUGGUGAAACCCCUGGGAAUUAAGCUAAGCAAGAAUAUACAUUUGUGGGAUCCAGAAAAUACUCUGUUACAAAACUUGAAAGAUGUUUUAGAGACUGAUUUUCCAGCCCGUGCUGUCCUGGACAGACCGGAUUUCACUAUGGAUUGUGGAAUUUGCUAUGCUUAUCAACUUGAUGGUGUGAUUCCUGAUCAAGUGUGUGACAACCCCCAGUGUGGACAACCUUUCCAUCAAACGUGCUUAUACGAGUGGUUGAGAGGACUACUGACUAGUAGGCAGAGUUUUAACAUCAUAUUUGGUGAAUGUCCAUACUGUAGUAAGCCAAUGACGCUGAAAAUGUCUGGAAGGAAGCCCUGAAAUAAGAAGGCAACAUUUGUGUGAAGAAAAUGGAAUCUUUGAAAAUUACCAAAAGGAUUUUAUUGCAUAUCUUCAGAGAAAAUAUAAAGCAAGAA